CUUUUAAAGCUCCCAACGUUAACAACAUUAAAAGUAUAUCUGUGAAUCAAAAAAAUGCCCUUAACAAAAUCUUGUCUAUCAGCUCAUGAUCAGCAAGUUUUAGAAUCGAUCUUCAAUCCUCUGGAAUUAACUUCUUCUUUGGAAGCACAACUCAUUAAUCCAGAUUCUACCGAACCUUUAGUGGAUCAAGAUGAGGCACUCGGUUGUGAAGUGGAAAUAUUAAAGAAAUCCAAACAAUUGGAAAUAGAAGCUGUAAAAUUGGCUGAAGAAGAGAAAUUGGAAGAAGCUUUGGAAAAGUUUAAGGAAUCUUUAGAAUUGACACCCAAAAGGGCUUCAAUUUAUAAUAAUCGGGCACAGGCUUUAAGAUUAGCUGGGAAGAUGAGGGUGACCGCUUUUGACGACCUCAAUCAAGCUUUGGAGAAUUGUUUAAAUCAAGCCAAAUCCAAAUGUCAUGCCUUGUGCCAGCGUGGCGUACUUUACCGCAAACAAAACAAAUUGGAUGAAGCCCGCCAAGAUUUUGAAGAAGCCGCCAAAAUGGGCAGUAAAUUUGCCAAACAACAAUUGGUGGAAAUUAAUCCGUUUGCAGCUUUGUGUAAUCAAAUGUUAAGACAAGCUUUUCAACAAUUAGAGAAAUAAUAAAUAAAGAGAGUAACAGAGAGAAAAAUUAAAGAAGGGAAAUG